AACACCUGCACACCUGACUACAGCCACUCCUCAGAGAUGACUGAGGAACGGAGGCAGAAAAAUGCAGAGAAACUUCACACAUCUUUAACAUUUUACAGGACUUUCUACACUGAUUAUGGUUUUUGUCGGGAAGGAUUUUGCUGAUUAGGGCGUUUACGUGUUGUUUUUUUGUUUGGGUAUUUUUUUUUUUAUUAUUAUUAUUAUUUUGCGGGUUUUUUCUUCUUUGUUUUUUGCGUCUGUUGCUUUUGUUUACAGCCAAAAACUUUGCGGCAGCAUCUUGACAGUAGGACAAAUACCCAUAAAAAGAUGUGGUCCAUGAGGGUCAUCAUCCUCCACCUGUUCUACUGUGCUUGUCUUUCAACUAAAACUGGGAGCGUGUAUUUUAUCUCCAGGAACUUUAACAACACACUUCACUGGGAUGCUGCGAACCCUGCCUUCCCAGGGGAAAAUGUCAACUACAUGUACAGUGUGCAGUACAAGAGUGAUGCUAAAGGGCAGUCGUUCCAGAUGAAAGAAGGGUGUCAGAACAUUACUGCUCUGUCCUGUGACCUCACUGCAGAAACCCCAUCGCUUCCUGAUGUUCACUACUGGGCUAAGGUGUUCGUUAAUGGUCUCUUUUACAACUAUACCAGAGUCAGAUUUAAACCCUUUGCAGACACUAUUCUUGGACCACCCACCCUGUCUAUAAAGACAACUGUGUCAUCCUUGUAUGUUAAUGUCAACCUGCCUUUGGGGCCAAACGGAGUCUCCAUUGCAGACAUAAUCACCAAAAGCAAAAACGGACCUGUGAAAACUUCUAUUAUUUAUACCUUAAAAAUCACACACCCAAAGUGGGCUGAAGUGACUUGUGAAAACUCAACUGGCAAGUUUGUCAUCAACUUGAAGAACAACAAAACCAAUUACAGUGGCUAUGUGUUCUACACGCCCAAUUCUGAACGGGGUCGCCCAGAAAGUGAGAAGGCCUACUUCAGUGUCACACUGCCAGACGAUCCUCUCAUGUUUUUGCCAUGGUUCAUCGCAGCCGCUGCUCUUCUGGUGGUCAUAGUCAUUAUAUCAGUCGUGUGCAUGUGUAUCUAUGUCAACGGUGGCAAGACUAAGAGCAUACCACACAAACUGGUAACCACUUCCAGCAUCCCGCCCAGUGUACUGCAGUCUCUAGAUAGCGAUAUCAUCAUUUCCAAACCAGAGUUCUGCUCUCAAAGUGAGAAAACAGUUUACGCACAAAUUCGGACGAAGCCAACUGUGUCCUCAGCUGGGGUUGGAGGUUAUUCUCCCCAGGACACCCCCUGCCAAGCAUGGCAAGACACCAGUGGCUCUUCUGUGGACACAGGGGCACACAGUUCAGCCCCAAUUCCAGAGGACACAAGCGCCCAGUCCUCCGAAAACUAUGGCGCAGUGGUUGCCCAUGUCCCCACAGAGGAGAAAGAUUUUCAGCAAGCCACCAUUAAAGACAGAGCAACCAGCAACACACCGUUGAUUUCCAGUGGAGGAAGCUGGGAUAAAGGAGGAAUAAGUCCAAAGCUGACAUCACAUGGAGUACCACCAAUACAUAAUCCAGGCCCUUUUGACAAUCCCAAUAGGCCAAUUCUGUUGCACGCAGUACGAGAUUCCAACGGACAACUCAUCUUGCCUUCACUCAUUUUUCAGUUAGAGAGCAGCACAGGCGACACACAGAGAAAACCCCUUUUAUCUGACCUGAUAGACUCCCAGGGGGAGGGGCCAUCAUUAGCUUCCUUGCAGAGCUUAGAUGGCUCCGAGUGGUCAGACUCUGAGUGUGAUAAUAGCACUCUAAACACACCAACCCAGCUGUACUGCAACACCCAUUACUCCCCAUCUCAACCAGUUGCUCCAGAUUCCUGGCCAGGAUGCCAGAAUACACCAUCUAAUGGGGACAUAUCUGAAUCAGAUUACAAACAAAACUGGAUAUCUGCAAUCUGUCUUGAAAAUAAAGUCAAAUACCAUUGUGAAUACAGAAAGACAAACUGUCAGUGGACUUGGGCUGAUCCCAAAAGGGAAGAGGAAAGAGAGGAAGAGGAAGACAGAGGAGGAGAGGAAGGAUCAAGGCCAAUUCUUCUAGGAGACUGGGCAGUAAAAAUUCAAGAAUAAUUCUCCUCUCUACAGUCUUUCAGACCUAAAACUUGAUAUUUUCUAACUUGGGUCCUCACAUAAAGGUCUUUCAUUGCAAUACCCUUUUUACAAAAGCAGGAUGAGGAGGAAGAUGAUGGGAUCACCGACAGAUGCUUCGGUAAGCGAGCAGAACUUGAGCAGAUGAACAGCUUUGCUGCGUGCUAUAUGGCUGAUGAAACAGAUAAGGAUCUUUAAACUCUCGUCAAACAUUCAAAUUGAUCCUGAUAUUAACAACCAUAUUUCAUUUCUUGAUAUGUUUUGCUUUACUGUAAAUUCAUUUUUUAUUUAUUAAUCCACACUUGUAAAGAUUUAAAAAUAAGUGAACACUGCAAAACUGUGAGUUUACAUUUUAAGAAAUCGUGGUACAUAUAUGAUAAAAUCCUUGUUUACUUUGUGAAGUUAUUGUAUAAGAAAAUAAUCUCAUUUUUACAACUUGAAUUUGUAUUUAGAAGAUGUUGAAUUCUUGAAAGCUGAGUCUGAAGUUAAUGUCUUUCAUAGUUCGUCCAAUUUAUUCUGGACUUCUGAAUCUCCUCUUGUCAUGGGCUUAUGUUGGUAUAUAACUGAUCAUUUUGUGUCAUAGGCAGCAAAGGGAAUAUAGCAACUACUAUAAAUCAGUGUCAGCUCCAAAUUAAAAUUUACAUUCUUAUGAUAGUCCAAAAAACACACACAUAUGAUCACACCAGUCGUAUUUAAGUGGUGUAAGUGGUGUGAAAGACAAUUAGAAUUACAGUUAAAUUACUCUCCUAAACUCUGGUCUAAUGACUCAAAUAUUUGCUUUGCCAAACCUGCACACCUGCAGCUGGACAAAUGAAAUGGCUUAUCUUAAAAAAGCAUGAGCAUAAAUGCAUAAGCAACAACCAAAUGACUAUCAGUCACAUAUUCGCUGACAACACAUUAUCACGGCCCAAUUUAUCAGCCGUCCGGUUUUAACACACAGUGUUGUAUAGAACAUAACGUGGAAAAAGAUACUCGGGGUAAUUUGUAAUUCGAUUUCCAGUUAAGUUGACUGUUUCUCUGCACUCAUGUCAUUUUGGAGACUGGAGUUUGUUAAUUAUACAUCUUUGUAACAUAGACACACACACACACACACACAUAUCAGCCAAUAUGUAGAUAGCCCCCUUUUUUUUUAAACUCUCUAAUACUGAGUCAAGCUCUCCACAUUAUUGCAACUUAUUACACUCUCUAAAUACACAAUCCCAUCUGGUCACUUUUAAAUUACAAUGUGGACAGUCAGCCUAUGAGAUUAGAUAUGAAAACCUUGUGACGGAAACCUAUUGUCACAUAAUGAGCUGUUGGAAAUGGGACUAAAGUGAACUUGUAAUGGAACUGAAAAUAUUCCUAUUUUGAGACUCAUCAACAUAUUUCAGUGUCAUCAGUGUCUGAUGAAGUACAUGUGACUGAGUGAAUGUGCGCAUAAAACAAGUUCAUGAACUCA